AAUUGCCUCCCCUGUGUGAAUACAAAUCAAAACUAGUAAACAAAAUGGCUCUCUCUGGUCAGAUGACGGCUGAUGUUGAGCUCAAGACUCCUGCUGACAAGGUUUUUGAGUUCUAUACCUUUACCCCUUACCACAUAGCCAAAGCAAGCCCUAAAUAUGUUCAGAGUGUUGAUUUACUUGAAGGUCAAUGGGGCAAAGAGGGCUGCGUUUACAACUGGAACUUUCUCCUUGACGGAAAAACUGCAUUUAAUAUGGUGAAUGUGGCAAUAGAUGACAAGAACAAGUCAGCCUCAUACAAAACAAUUGAAGGAACACUCUUGAAAAUGUUCAACAGCUUCAAGUGCUGUAUUGAAGUUACUCCAAGGGAUGAAGGCUGCGUGCUACACUGGUCUCUGGAAUACGAAAAGUUGAGCACGAAUGUUGAGGAUCCAAAAGCGAUGCUUCACGUGCUUGUUGAUACCUGCAAAGACUUUGAUGCUCACCUUACCCAGCAGGCAAACACACAGAGCUCUCCUCAACUGCAAUGCAACUGAUUAGAAUCGUCUGAUGCAAUAAAUAAAUGCAUGCAUGCAUGCAUGCAAGUUAGUUUGGAGCAUGCUUGGAUCGAUCGAUGUCUUGAAUACGGAGUUUGGCUUCUGGUACUAAAUAAGAUGUAUUUUCAUUUAUGUGGGGAGUGUCUUGCAUGUUUCUGGUACUAAAUAAAAUUUAUUUUCAGUA